CGCGCACGCCGACAACAACACUGCGGCCUCGUCCUUCAGUGGGCCCGUCCGUAACAUUCUGGGUCGUCGUUUCGACUGGAAAUUUUUUUUUUAAACGCGUUUUUUUUUCCCCAUUAACUUUUUUCCGGUCGUCAAUCGUCGGCGCUGGACUUUUACACAUUUCCGUCGUCCGUCGCGCUUCGCGUUCCCCGGACAGACAGGCGUGCGUGACCAGCCCCACGGCGGCAGCAAAUCUCGUCUCGGGGGCCGGACAAAUACACGGAAGGACCUGCAGCUGUACUACGUCGUCGUCACCGUCGCACCGUCACGUUCUAGUAUUCAUAACAAGCCUCCUGAAUGUUAAUUCAAUAGGGAAACACAGAAGCGAUUGAGAAAAAAUGAAUUCCAAUAUACUUUACUAUUAAACGCUGUUCGCUGCAUGCAGCGACAACAACAGAAUUGUAAAACCCAAAGAAAACCAAAAAUGCUCCACUAAGCAUCUAUCCCCUCUUAAAGAAGAUGGGAUAUUCAACUACAUACUCAUCAGCUCAAUAAAUAACCUUUUUGGCUGUUUUGUACUUUUUUUUUAUUUAGUUAACUUGCAACUUAAAUUUUUUAAUUCAUACUCAAUACAUUUUAAAUUAAAAUCAUUUUAUUUGAAAUCUGAAAUUACAAGUCAUAAAAACAUCAAAAGUAUGUCCCACAGUCAUUUUUUAACCAAAGAAAACUUUCCCAGCUUUUGUAAGAAGUUGUCCGAACUGGAGUGGACAAUGGAUUCAACAUGUACGGAAAAACCUGAAUCUUCAUCUCCUGCCUAUUCUUUUUUGCCAACGGCCCGAAAUGUACCCAAAAGUGAUUAUCAUCCUAAAGAAUCUUACCAACGUUUUUUAAUUGAUUCUAAUGAAGACAACACUUUAAUUGAAAAAUAUCUGAAACAAGAAUGUGACACUUAUAAGUUGUUUGGCGGUCCACCAAUUAAUCCGUUAUUUACUGAUGAAGGACGUGGUUCUAGUAUUGAAGAUUCUCCAAAAUCAUUUUCAUAUUUUUCAAAAACGAAUUGCUCUUACAUGGAUAAAAGUAUUUGGGCACAAGAUUCUGGUAACGAUAGCUGGCCUGAUGCUUUUUUGCCAUUGGAUAUUAAAGAAGAAACCACAUGGAAAGAAUUGAAUACUGAAAUAAAAAAGGAGCCAAUGUCAUGGGCAGUUAUACAGCGUCCAGCCAAAGAAGAUAAAUUCAAACCCAUUAAUCAAUUGGUUGAUGCUGGUGCAGCAAUUUUUCCAGAUGGCUCACAAUUUGAAAUUGAUCUAUCAUAUGAAGCAUUUGACGCUGUUGAAGUUGAAGGGAAAUUAUACAUUGGUAAAGAUGAAUUUAGGCGUACAGAUGAUGGAUUGUUGUAUAAAGUCUGUAAUCAAGAUAAAGGUACUCAAACGGACAGUUGGGAUGAUGAUGAAAAUGUUUUAGUAACACGUACUGCUAGACGACAUUACCAUUUUCCGAUAUUCCAGAAUUGGCACACAUCUCAAUCAGGCGAUAACCAAGAUCUGCUUAGUGAUUUUUUUAAUCCACAGCGUGCACGUGAAGUCAGAGGUGACAUGGAUGAUAGACCUCAAAUGGUAGAUAUGCUUCGCAACAUUAUGGGUAUGCAACAUAUAUGGGAUAAGCCAACUAUGUGCAAUGAAAUUGAUGCUUAUCCAGAACAAAACUUGUACAUACCAACAACAUGCAACGAAUUGGCUGCUACCUACACAAUAUUGCAGUCAGAUAGUGGUUCAGAAAGUUCAGAUGAUAUAGACAAUAACUGUGGUACACUAUUCCGUAAUUCGCGAACUUAAAAAAGGCAUAAUUAAUUUUGGAACUUGCAAGAUUAAAUCAACACUGUAAUAUUUUGUUUUGCCGUGCACCGUUUGUGUUUUUUGUCAAGACAUGUUAGACUCAUUAAGGUUAGGUUAUACAUAUUUUUUCUUUGGGACAAAAAACUAUAAUAUUUUACAUUUGUAUGAUCUAUAACAUAUAGUUUUGGUCGAUAAGUUAUUUGUUUAAAAUUGUAUUUAAAAACAAAAUAAAAAAAAGAACAAAACGUCAAAAACCCUUAAAAAAAAAAAAAUAUUUAUAUAUUAAAAAUAAACAUACAAUAAUAUAUAUUUAUAUCUUAUGGAUAGACCUAAGGCUCUAAAAUAUUACCAUAUGGGUUAUUUUCUUAGGUUAAAGAAAUUAUCCCAUUUAAAUAAUUUGCUUUGAUUAAUGAUGUAUUUCUUUUUAAUGUGUUCAAAACUGUCAAGACAUUUUAAGAAUUUAUCAUUUUACUAGCCCAAUGGUAGCAAUAUUUUGUAAUUAAUCAAUUUUAUUUUGAAGUAAAACGAUAAUAAAAAAUAUUAAAAUGGAGAACUACCCGAAAGUUGAAUCUAACAAGAUAUCAAGAGUUAGGUUAGGUGUCUAUGAGCAAAGUACAUACUCUAUUCAAAAGUGAGGAACUGGACAAAUUUCUCUGGAUUUUUUUUAUGUGAGAAUAUUUUGAUGAAUUCAAGUAUUUUAAAAUUACUUGACCUUUAAAGUUUUAUAUCUUUGGUCUAAAGGAUACCUAAAAUUUUAAAUUUAUAAAUAUUGUGGGUCACAUUAAACUUUAAAAAAAUUUAUUUAUUCUUGGAAUUCAUAACUAAUCACCAUUCAUAUAAAAAUAAUUUUUAUUUUGAAUCUGUAAAUCCUAGUCAUAAGUUUGUCCAGUUCAGUUAGAAGAUAUCAAAAAGACGGGUCCUAAUUUUUUUUAAAUAUGGCACCCGAAAAUUAUUUGACAUUCGUAUAUAUAUAUACACACACACUUAUAUAUACAUAUGUAUAUAUAUGUAUUUUUUUUAGUUUAAAGGGAAGUAAAAGUUAUUUUUUCUAAUAAAACAGUCCGAAAACCGUUUUCGGCCCUGAUUUUUAAUAAAAAAGCGCCUAGAGUUUUAUGUUAACACUAACCAUUUUUUUUAAAUUAUUAUUUUUGUUUAUUACACACAGUUAACCAAAGUGCCUUUUAGAAACAUGUAUAAAAUUUGAAUUUUUCAUUUUGUGGAGGGGGUUAAUGACUGAAUCAAUCGCUCUUUUGUUUAUCGGUUAUUAUAAAACUGAAUUAAAGCCGAUAAAUACACGAAUAAAAUAUUUAUCAAAAGAUGCGCACCCCUUUUUAAUUAUUAUUUAUGUAUGUGUUAAAAUUCAUAUACACUAAGACCCACAUAAUAUACAUAAAUACAUUUUUUUAUUGCUUUUAUAUGUGUGUAUAUGUAUAUAUACACAUAUAUAUAUGUAUAAUUUUUUUUUACAAGGCCGAAGGAAUAUUGUUUUUGUGCAUUUGUUUUGUUAAAGUUGUUAUUUAUUUAAAAAUGUUUGUAAUACAUUUCGCAAGGGAUGGAGCACAAAAUUAUAAGAAAAUUUGCUUAUGUUAUUUUAUAUUCUACCUUGAUUGUCUUGACAGUUUAGAACAAAUACUAUGUUAAUCAAGUUUGAAAGAAUCUAUAUAAUAUUUAAAAAAAGUACUUAAGAGGUCGUAAGAUCUUUUUAGGUAAUUAGUAUUUACUAACUUAUAUAUAUAUAUAUAUAAAUAUAAUAUAUAUUAUUAUAUAUACACACAAAAUGUAGGUUCAUAUUUUAGUAUGUGAAUUUACAGUUUUUAUUUCAAAAAGAAUUAAGUGAAAUUUUGUUAGGGCAUUAAAAAGAAAUAGCAUAGUUUUUUUUUUAAAUUUUACUUUUAAACUGCAAGUAUCUAUUGAAUUAUUUCACUUGAAUGGCACAGUUCAAGUAUUCAACAGUUAGGAGCUACAUAAAUUAUAAUUUAAAAACUAACAUUUAUACUUUUUUUUUUCAAAUAAUGAUGUACUCCCCUCCCACCAGUAUCUCAAAAGCCUGGGUUCUUUUAGGCAGUUCAGGUGAAAACACCGUUAUUAUGUUAAUAUAUUAUUAACGUCUUAUACUGCAUUGUAAAAUGUAAUUAAAAGAUUUAACUUUGCUGUCCAAAUUGAAAAUAAUAACAUUUUCAUUAUUUAUAUUCUUAUUUUAAUUUGUAAAAAAUUUGAAUUUUAUAAAUAAAUGGUAUUUGAUUCAUAUGAGGAAUACUAUUCUAUGCAAUUUUCAGUUCAACAUUUUUUUACUCAUCAGUGAAUAUAACUAUUUUAACAUUGUUCCAAAGUUGGAUGUAACAUUUUAUAUCAAUACGAAAUUUAAAAAUGCAUUAUAUCCAACAAAAAAAUAAAUAGUUAUUCAGGUGUUUCAAUAAACAAUAUUAAAAUAUGUACUCAUAAUUUAAAAAUCCAUAGGUUUGACAUUUUUAUUUAAUAUCUAAAAUUUAUGUUUUAUAUAAUUAUAACAAUAUUUAAUUUUUAGAAGGUUAAAAAAAUGUAGAGAAAAAAAUAUAUCCUUUUAUUUGAAUAUUUUGCGUUAAUUUUUUUUUAAUUUAAGUUUUUUUUUUUUUAAAAAAAACAAUUAUUGUAAUUACUAAUAAGUAUACAAUCGAUAUUAUUCUAGUAGAUAAAAUCUUAAAUUCAUUUAUUAAAAUAAUUUGUUUUUAUUUUUAGUUGUUGUUUAAUAAUAAAUGUUAUCAUAUUGUAGAAUAUUUAUCACUUGACAAAUCUUGUCAAAAAAAGCUUUCAUACCAGUUCUUAUGAUAAAAAUAUAAAAUACAUUUUUAUUCCAAUAAAAUAAUUUUUAAAUAUCUAGAAUACUGCAAAGAAAAAUAACUUUCCAAAAAAUGUAAUCUUGUUUGGUCCCUCUACAAUUUACUACCUUUUACAAUUACCAUAACUAAACUAUAACUUAAAAAUAUUUUCUAUAAAGAAUAAAACAAAUAUUAUAGUUUUAAUUGACAUCAUAUUUUAUUAUAACUGAAAUAUUAUACUAUGAUAAUGAAUAUUAUAUAAUCGUUAUAAUAUAAAUUUGAUAUAUUAUCCUCUAUAAAUUAUCUAGUCCAAAACAUAAAAUUAUAAUUGUAUGUUUUAAUUUAAUUUCAUAAAAAAAAAAAAAUAAUUGUAACUAAUUUAAUAUAAUCUCCCCAAUUUUAAUAUUAUGAUAUCAUGAUGUACAGUUAAAUUACAAAACUUGAAAGAGGUUUUAAUAUUUAAAUCAAACAAUUUAUUUUUAAUUUUAGAAUAUAAAAUUGUAUUGUAUCUAACAACCUAAUUCUUGAAUAAAGUAUAGUUUAUAUACAUAAUAUAUUCAUACAUAAUCAAGUGUAAUCGUUCCUUGUGCACUUGAAUUGAUUUGUAAUCUACUAUGUCUUUGCCUGUUUAUUUGAUUUUCAUCCAGGAUUUUUUUCAUGAUAAAGUAAUAUUUCCUUUUCAUUAUAUAAAAUUUGCUACCAAUUUAAAGUAAGAAUAUUAUAUUAUAUUAUAAAAAUCAUAUUUUUGGUGAAUUAGAUACAUUUUUGUUUUCAAGUGUGUAUUUGAUAGGCAUAAAUAUGGUUUUUUUUUUUUUAUCGAUCAUGGAAUAUUAAUAUUUAAAAAAAAAUUGAUUAUUACAAUUUUGAUUUUUAGAUAAUAUGAGUAAAUAAUGAUAUAAUUGGUUUUUAGUAAUCUAAGAAAUUUUAAUUUUACACUCGAUAUUUAAUAUUUAUUUUUAAUUGUUCAAAGAAAAUAUUAUUAAUAUAACUAUUGCAUGUAUAAAACAUUUAAUAUAAUAUAUUGUACUCUAUAUUAUGUAUAAUGUUAGUUGGUUGGACAAUGGAUAUGAGACAAAUGAAAAUGUUCGUCAAAAUAUUUAUGCGGUGUAAACAGAAAAUUGAUUUAAUAAAGUAACUAUGAACGGAG